AUGCAUUCGACUCAACUUCUGGCAGCAGCCCUGAGCGUGGCCGCCUUCGUCGCUGCCGCUCCGCAGAUCCAACAAGGUCGAGCCGCCGUGCCCCCUCUCAACUGCCCGGCGACCAUCUGCAUCGACGGCAUCAACACUGCUUGUCCCAGUGUACGCUGGGGAGGCUGCUACGACGCUUGUCGGCCAUCUCUCAGCCCCACGCAGCCACCCUGCCCCAAGCCUACAAAGCCCACCAAGUCCAUAACCAAGAUGCCCGGAAAGCCCUCUCCCAGGCCCGUCUCGCCGCCCAAGCCGUCUAGCACCGACAACUGCAACACGCGCACCAUCUGCAUCGACUAUGUCAACGAGUGCGGUCAGUGGUACGGCGGAUGCCACGCCGACUGCCGACCUUGGCCCUCUUACACCGCGCCUCCCUGCUCGAGCACCGCCGCCGACCAGACGUACUCGCUGCCGUACAUCACCUCCGAGGCCGAGCAGACUUACUCGCUCCCAUUCAUGACCGCCGAGCCGGAGCCGGAGCAGACUUAUUCGUUGCCGUACUUUCCCGCUUAG